GUUCAAAAAAAUUAUGUGAAUCGUUAAUUAAUGAAAUAAAAAACCAUAAAGAGGCACAAGGAAUGUCGACUUUUUUACUUGUUGUAUUAGUUAAAUCUUCUAAAUCGUCUAAUAAAUCCUGCAGUAUAAGUUGUGCAAAUUCGCUAUGUAAAGAUGAUUUUUAUGAUAGAAGUUAUGAAUCUUACCAACCAUCCCUAUGUAGUAAUUCAUGUGAUUCAUGUGUAAGCCAUAGCAGAAGCUACGUAUUUAAUUCUUCCUUCCAAUAUCAUAAUUUGUCUAGAAAUCGUUCUUAUUCCCAACAUAGUGAUUCGUCAAGAAAUCGAUCCUCUUCUCAAUAUCGUAAUACAUCUAGAAGUCAUGUUAGAAAUCAUGAAGCUUCCUCUUUGCAACAUCAUAAUUUAUCUAGAAGUCAUGUUAGAAAUCAUGAAGCUUUCCCUUUACAACAUCGUAAUAUAUCUAGAAGUCAUGUUAGAAAUCAUGAAUCUUUCUCUUUGCAAUAUCAUAAUUCAUCUAGAAACCAUAAUAGAAAUCAUGAAUUUUCCUCUUUCUAA